AUGACGCCGGCUUUCUCUGCUAUGUUCGCUCCAUUGGAUUCUACUCACAGCGUCAUUGCAGUCCUUUCCAUCAAAACGGACAUACCCAAAAUCGAAGGCCUCUUCGAGGUCCCAGGCGCCUUGCCCAUCACAGGUCAUCUCCUCGAACUCGGCGACGACCACGCCACUGUCUGUGAAAAGUGGUGGCGAAAAUACAAGCAAUCCGUCUUCCAGAUCCGUCUAGGCAACACACGAGCAGUAGUCGUCAACAGCUUCGAAGACUGCAAAAGAAUGCUAAUCGGCCACCAAUCCGCCCUCAUCGAUCGACCAAAACUCUACACUUUCCACGGCGUCAUUUCUUCCACCCAAGGUUUCACGAUCGGAAGUUCGCCUUGGGAUGAGAGUUGUAAGAAUAAACGAAAAGCUGCAGGACAGACUUUGGGAAGACCUGCUAUGAAGACGUACUUGCCGAUGUUUGACCUCGAAACUUACAGUAUUGUGCGAGAUAUAGUUCGGGAUAAUGAAGGCGGCGAAGCGUUUCUGAAUAUUCGUCCUUACUUGCAGCGAUAUGCAUUGAAUACGACUCUUACGUUGUGCUAUGGCAUUCGAAUGGAUAGCGUCUGGGAUGAUAUGCUGCGAGAGAUUCUGGAGGUGGGAAGUGCAAUCAGUUUACUCAGGAGUGCUUCCGAGAAUUAUCAAGACUAUAUCCCAGCGCUGAGGUACUUGCCAAACAACGAGAAAAAUCAGCGCAGCAAGUCUUUGCGUGAUCGGCGGGAUAAGUACCUCAAUGAGCUACUGGACAAAGUGCGUGAGAUGAUAGGACAGGGCGUCGACAAGCCAUGUGUCUCGGCUGCAAUAUUGAAAGACGAAGAGACCAAGCUUACCGGCGUCGAAGUCUCAUCUAUUUGCCUGUCGCUUGUGUCCGGUGGCUUCGAGACUAUCCCAGGCACCCUGACCAGCUGUCUUGCAUCUCUAUCCACGGUCGAGGGGCAGCAAUUCCAGGACCGAGCGUACGAGGAUAUCAAACGUCAUUACCCAGACAUCCAAGAUGCAUGGACUCGGUCUCUCGAAGCGGAGGACGCGCCCUACGUCAACGCGAUAGUCAAAGAAGCAGGCAGAUACUACACCGUUUCAUCUAUGAGUUUGCCGCGAAAGGCAGCCGCAGAUAUUGAAUGGGAAGGCGCGAUCAUUCCAAAAGGCACCAUGGUCCUCAUCAACGCUCAGGCUGGCAACCACGACGUUGAACACUUCGGGCCAGAUGCAGCAACAUUUGAUCCGGAGCGAUGGCUUGAAGAGACAUCGCCUCCACGCGAGCGACACUCGAGUGGCUUACAGCAUUUGUCUUUUGGCGCCGGGUCUCGCGCUUGCUCGGGACAGUACAUUGCCAGCAGACUGCUCUAUACCGCGCUUGUGCGUAUCAUCACGAGCUUCAAGAUUGUAGCCUCCACAGAAGAGCCGCCUAACACCGAUUAUGUGGAUUAUAACCUGCUUAAAUCUGCGCUGGUCGCGAUUCCGCGUGACUUCAAAGUGCAGUUGAUUCCAAGAGAUCCACAAACAUUAGCGGAGUGCAUGAAGCAGGCCGAGGAGAGAACCCAAAGCGCCUAUGCCUGA